AUGGAUGAAGGCCAAGUUAUUAACAAAGCUCCUGGAUUUGAAGGUUCUAACUAUGACCCAUGGAAAACUAGAAUGGAAGCUUUUUUGAUGUCUCAAUCCUAUGAUGUGUGGCAUGCUGCUAUACAUGGUGUUGUUAUUCUGAAUCCUGAGAAUCCAACUACUAAAGAUAAGCUAGCUAUAGCUAAUGAUGGGAAGGCGAAACAUGUUCUUUUUUAUGCCUUAAAGCAACAGGAGUUUACAAGAGUUAAAAAUUGCAAAACAGCUAAGGAAAUGUGGGACUCUCUUCAAGCUGCUCAUGAAGGAAAUAAUGUUAUAAAAGAGAACAAGAUUCAACUCUUCAAGGUGCAAUAUGAAGUUUGUAAAAUGGAAGAAAGAGAGACAGUUGCAGAAUAUAUGUUCAGAAUUAAUGAUCUUGUGAACAACAUGAAAGCCCUUGGUGAAGACAUUAAAGAUUCUGAUGUAUGCAAGAAGAUUCUCAGGUCUCUUACUUCUAGAUACAAUGCUAAGGUUACUAUUCUCGAAGAUAGAGACUUAUCUAACAUGAAGAUUGAUGAACUUCAGGCUUCACUCACAGCUUAUGAGAUGAGAAUUGGUCAUCCAUCCCUACACAGAAGAGAAGCAGCUCUCAAGGCCAAAGAAGCUGUUGAUGAAGCGGAUUCUAAAUUUGAAGAUGAUCUUGAAGAUGAUGAAGUGGCUUACCUUACUAAGAAAUUUAGAAAAUUCAGGUUUAAGAAGAAGUCUCAGGUUCAAAAUCUUACCUGUUAUGGCUGUGGAAAACUUGGUCGUGUUGUGUCCAAUUGUCCUGUUUCUAAAGGACAGCCUCAGAAAAGGUUUAAAGAACCAAACAACAAGAAAAUAUUUGGAAGGAAAGCAUUGUUGUCUGAUUGGGAAACAACUCCAGAGGAAGAAACAGUUGAAGAAACUCAAGGAGAUGAAUGCUUGUUCAUGGCUAUUCUUGAAGCACCACAAGAUGCAAUUAAAGUUGAAGAAGACAGUGAUGUAGAGAUUGAGGAGAUUCUGGAAGAAUGUGAAAGACUUGCAGUGAAGUGUAAUCAACAGAAGUCUCAAAUUAGAAAGCUCAAUUCAGAACUGCUAAAGUCAAGACAAAUUCUCAUUAAGCACUUCAAACUAAAGUUAUCAACCCUGUGCUUAAUCUCUCUUAUCUUUCAAGGUUUGCUUAAGUCUCAGGUUAACACUCAGUGGUCUACUAAGAGGUGCAGAGAAGAAUUGUCUCUUAUACUUGAAGGAAGGUCUUUGAAGAUGGCUGAAAUUUGGAAGCAAUCUACCAAGCAAAUUGGGAAGACUGGAAUUGGUUAUGUGUGUGAUUCAGCAGCAAAGAUCAAACAAAAUCAGUUUGUUUUUGUUAAAGCUACAACAGGUGAAGUGUAUGCCAAGUUCCCUAUCAUAAAAACUUGA